CUUUUCUUUUCCCACCACGUCUUUUUCUACGUUCUCGAUUCUCACCUCGAUCAGACUACGGACGAAUUAAGUGAUCCUGCAAUUAUGGAGACAAAAACGCUAACAACUAUGUCCCCGUGGCUGUCGUGGGGACCAACUGUACCCCAUUCUGUGUACCUGGGACAAUCUCAUGAAAGCCGACUCGGAGGAUCUGUCACAGAGACCUCCAAUCGUUCAUCUCAAUCAUAUAAUCAGUCAUCAUAUCAACGCGCUUCAGGUUAUGACCAGAAACUGAAUGAAGAAAAUAAAUCGAGCCAUCUUAUUCCUGUGGCUAUUAACGGAGGAACAAAUCACAUCCCUGACCCACAAAGAUUCAGUCGCGAUGACUUCGAUUUCAUUUCUCGAGGAACCUGGAACGGCGAGAAAGAUAGUAUAAUCCGAAAUCCUUACGACUACAUAGCUUCACAGCCAGGGAAGGAGUUUCGAACGUUGCUUCUGAACGCGUUGAAUGCAUGGCUUGAUGUCCCCGAAGACAGCCUAAAAGUCAUAACCAAGGUGGUGCGCAUGUUGCACACGGCAUCACUCCUCAUCGAUGAUAUUCAGGAUCACUCAGCUUUGCGGAGAGGAUUACCUACAGCCCACAAAGUGUUUGGUAUCGCGCAAACCAUUAACGCUGGCAAUUACGUGUACUUCCUGGCUCUCAAGGAACUGGGGAAGCUCCGGAACCCGAAAGCUGCGAUUGAUAUAUACACAACGGAAAUGCUGUAUCUCCACCGGGGUCAGGGAAUGGACCUCUUUUGGCGCGAUACAUUGACUUGUCCGACUGAAGACGAUUACCUAGAGAUGAUCUCUAACAAGACCGGGGGACUUUUCCGACUGGCGGUCAAGCUCAUGCAGUCCGAGUCCACGAGCUCCACUGACUGCCUGCCAUUAGUCCAGCUGCUAGGCCUCAUUUUUCAAAUCGCCGACGACUAUCGGAAUCUGUCAAAUCUCGAUUAUACGCAAAAGAAGGGUCUUUGUGAAGACUUGACCGAAGGGAAAUUCUCAUUUCCUGUCAUUCAUAGCAUACAUUCCGAUCCCACAAACCAACAGCUUUUACAUAUUCUUGCACAGAAAACAGAUGAUAUUGAUAUAAAGAGGAGCGCUGUUCAGUAUAUCGAGCGUACAGGGAGUCUCGAUUACACGAAAAAAGUCGUGGAUCAAUUGAUUUGUCGGGCGAAGGUUGUCGCAGAUGAUGUUGAUCGGGGGCGUGGAAAGAGUCAAGGUAUCUAUACGGUGCUGGAUAAGCUGGCCCUAAAUCCAGAUAUAGAAACUCGGAAGGCAUUCAAGCGUUCAACAUCCGUUUAA